GACGCCGGGCCGAUCAUGGACGCUUGACAACCUGCGGACAGGCGCCGGGAGGCCGAGCCAGCGACCGAGAGGACGGAGAGACGGCGAGGGCAGAUCUCAAGGCCAGAGAAUGGCAGGUGAACAGAAACCCUCAAGUAACCUCCUGGAACAGUUUAUUUUACUAGCCAAAGGUACCAGUGGCUCAGCCCUUACUGCUCUCAUAAGCCAGGUGUUGGAGGCUCCUGGAGUAUAUGUCUUUGGAGAACUGCUGGAGCUGGCCAACGUGCAGGAGCUUGCAGAAGGAGCUAAUGCUGCAUAUUUGCAGUUGCUGAAUCUGUUUGCCUAUGGAACAUACCCAGAUUACAUAGCCAACAAGGAGAGCCUGCCAGAACUGAGCACAGCUCAACAGAACAAGCUGAAGCACCUUACCAUCGUGAGCUUGGCGUCGAGAAUGAAGUGUAUCCCCUACUCCGUGCUGCUGAGGGACCUGGAGAUGCGGAAUCUCCGGGAACUGGAAGACCUCAUCAUUGAGGCUGUGUACACUGACAUCAUCCAGGGGAAGCUGGACCAGCGAAACCAGCUGCUGGAAGUGGAUUUCUGCAUUGGCCGUGACAUCCGAAAGAAGGAUAUCAAUAAUAUUGUCAAGACCUUGCAUGAAUGGUGCGAUGGCUGCGAAGCGGUUCUGCUAGGCAUCGAGCAGCAAGUUCUGCGAGCCAACCAGUACAAGGAGAACCACAGCCGAACUCAGCAGCAGGUAGAGGCGGAGGUUACCAACAUUAAGAAGACACUCAAAGCCACCGCGGCCUCCUCGGCUCAGGAGAUGGAGCAACAAUUGGCGGAACGGGAGUGUCCCCCUCACGCUGAGCAGAGGCAGCCCACCAAGAAGAUGUCCAAAGUGAAAGGUCUGGUCUCCAGCCGCCACUAGGGCCGGCUGGGGCAGCUGGUACUCACCAGGCCUGGGUCAGGUGGGGAGGGGACACCAAGGGCCUAUUUCCUCCCCUCUCUAUCUUCCGUGAGUUCCAGACCUGCCCGUCCCCUCACCAGCGCCUCCCACUCUGUUGGUACUGUUCCAGAAGAACCGUUAAUCCUUUCCUCCCCCACUCCCUCUUCCCCCAGUUGUUCCUUCAGACUCAGGGGCUCCACUGAUGCCAUCCCAACAGGGUCAGACACUGCCCAGCUUCCCUCCAGGAGCUUCUUGUCUUUGUUUAAGGGCUUGUCUCCCUCCCAGUUUUUCUUUUGCUCCAUGUCAUUUUUGUCAGGCUGGUCAUAAGCCGGAGGCAGCCUUAGCCGGCCCACAGGGGUGACUGUGAAGGAGGCUCCUCCCUGAGUGAGGAGGAGGGUAUGCCUUCUUCAGCCCCAUGACCACAGUACCCGCACUGGUGCACGUGACCUCUAGCCAGGUAUCAAAUGCUUUGUUUUCCCUCUCCUGCCUUAUCCCUUGUUGGCAGCUCCGAUCAGGCCACGGAGGGAUGUGAUGCUGGGCUAUGUUUACUAAACCUGCGGGUUUUCAGCCUCUUAAGCCCAGCUCCAGUCUCUCAUCAGUCAGGAGCACUGGGUUGACUAACCUCUCGCAUCUGAGCACCCGUGGAGGGUGCUGCGGGUCUGCUGGGUGGCAGAAGGUUCUUCCGGUUUGGUGUUCUUUGCUGGCCAUGCUUCCUGCCCUGCUGCCCCCCGACUCCUCAGCCUGGUUUUCAGUGUGAAGGCCCCACUGCCGCCCGGCACUGUCUGCCGACACUUGCUGUCCUGAGACCCUUUAUCCCUCCCGGCGGCGUCCGAGCUGGGGACGGUCGUGCUGAGGGCCCUCUGUCUGCUGAAGGGCCUGCUGCUGCUUCUGUCUCUCUCUUUCGACCCCUCCUUGGCUGAUGACCCAGAGCCCUCUGAUGAUGGCAUUCUCCUGGCAAGAGCAAAGGACUUGACUAGCCUUUCUGAACUUGAACAGUUUCAGGUUAUAUUUUAAUUUUUUUUUUUUUUUUGUACAGGUUCUGAUUCUAAUACAUUUCAACAUGCUUUUUUUCCCCCUCGUGUCAAUAUUUGUUAAACUAAUCGCCGGUGAUUUUUCACCUGGUUGGAGGGUGGUGUGUGUGUGUGUGUGUGUGUGUGUGUGUGUGUGUGUGUGUUUUAAGGGGAGGUGGAGGUCCUGAACUAAUAUUAAAGUUCAAUGAGAGAAAAAGCACAUUUUAGAACAAAAAAUAAAAG